GAUCUACAGUUUCCGAACUUAAAAUUGUGAUGUCGAUUGUGUACAUGGCAUAAAUUCAAUUUCUAUAAUUUUUUACGUGAAUUACGAUGUGAAUAAGUGAAUUAGCAACAAUAAAUUAAAUAAUGGCGUUCGUAAGCGCUGUGACCGGUGAUGACUCCACGAAGAAAUUCAUGGAUGUCCUACAGAAUGAUUUCAAGAAUCUGAGUUUGGAGACUAAGAAGAAAUAUCCUCAGAUAAGAGAGGCAUGUGAUGAAGCAAUUGAGAAACUGUCAUUGGCCUCCAAUAACCCACAGGCAUCCUUAUACGGAGUAGUGAAUCAGAUACUAUACCCCCUUGUACAAGGCUGUGAAUCUAAGGAUCUGAAGAUUAUAAAGUUCUGCUUAGGAACUAUUCAGCGUUUGAUAGCCCAGCAAGGCAUAGACGCGAAAGGAGCGAGACAUGUGGUCGAUUGCCUCUACAACUUGGGGCAAGGCGCAGUUCUUGAACUGAAGCUGCUGCAGACUGCCGCUUUGUUGAUGACCACAUCUGACCUGGUGCAUGGAGACACUUUGGCAAGGACUAUGGUGAUGUGCAUGCGCAUGGUAUCACCAUCGGAAAGCCGUGACGUCAGCACCAGCCACGCUGCAGCAGCUACCGUACGCCAGCUGGUCGCUCUGGUCUUCGAGAGAGCCCUCGCUGAAGCUGAAGGUGCUCUGAAAGUGAAUCCUGCUGAUGUGAGACCACAGACUAACAAUAAGGCUCCUAAGGAUCUCAAACCGUGUGCUGUCGACGCUUAUCUAAUAUUACAGGAUAUUAUUCAACUAAUCAACGGUGACUCAGCGCACUGGCUGGUCGGUAUAUCGGAUGUGCCUAAAACUUUUGGUCUUGAACUACUCGAUACAGUACUGACUGAUUUCUCACCUAUUUUCUUCAAGAUACCGGAGUUUCGGUUCCUAUUGAAGGAACACGUGUGCGCUCUGAUCAUCAGGCUAUUCUCUCCUAAUGUCAAAUACAGGGCUGCAUUCACGGCGCUGCACAUCCCGGGGGGCGCGAGCAGUGGUGGGGGCGGGGGCGCGGGCGGGGCGGCGGCCGAGCGCCCCCACUUCCCCGUCACCAUGCGCCUGCUGCGUCUCGUCUCCAUCAUCGUGCACAAGUAUCACGCUGUGCUUGUGACAGAAUGCGAAAUAUUCCUUUCCCUAACCAUAAAGUUCUUGGAUCCGGACAAACCUAUGUGGCAGAGAGCUUUGGCGUUAGAAGUUCUUCAUAAGAUGACCAUACAACCAAAUCUUCUGAAGGCGUUCUGUGAGUGUUACGAUAUGAAGCCUCACGCCACCAACAUCUUCCAAGACAUCGUCAACGCGCUUGGGGCCUACGUACAAAGUCUCUUUGUCGCGUCAAACGUUAAUACUGCCGCUGUAUCCGAAAAAGAAAUAACCCUCAGGGACAGCAACUUUAGACAGUCUCGAGUUGACCAGUCCCAAUAG